AUGCAUCCAAAUGUAAAAACGACAUCGUUGCAUGGGUUCAUCAUACUAUUACUUCUAUUAGAGAUUUCCUGUGAAUCCGAUUCUUCAGAUUCGCUAGAAAAUGGAAAUAUUACUACAACAAAGCCUAUUUCUGUGAUGACAACUAAUCAGAAUACUAUAUUUAUAAAUGGAUCGACGACAGUGACUACUACCGCUCCUUAUUCUUCUACUACUGCUUCGACUACGACCAGUACCACUGCUAAUGCUAAUAAUACAACAACUUCAGCCGUGGGAACUUCCGUAUCGACUAUUUUAUCAAAUACAUCAACUGCUCUCAGUGAAUUAACGACAUCCGAUGUUGGUAGUAGUGUGCCCUCAAAAUCAUCAUCACGACAUGGUUGGUGGUUAUUCGUUGCAUUAAUUGUCACCGUAGUAGUGGUUGGUGGCAUCGGUGUAAUUUAUUAUCAUAGAAAUCACACUCCUUAUCGCCGAUUUCUUCGCAAUUGGCGAUCGCGUGAUGACGAAGCAGAUAAUAUUAUUCUUCAACUCGAACAACCUGAACUAAUGAAUGGUCAAUGGCCACCUCGCAUCUCAUUUGCUUAA